GCGCAAAGUCAUGUCUGUUUUCUGCUAUACGUGCAGUGGAUAAAGGAGAUGGUCUUUUUGCGUUUGGGUACGAAAAUAACUAACUAAACAAAUAAAGAAUUGCUGACUUUGAGCCUGAUGGUGUCUGUAAGUGUCAGGAGCGCGCACAGGCGGCGGGUCGCCAUCCUCUUCCUCAGCAUCACCGGGAUCAUCAUUUACCGGCACUUCAGUGGACAAACAGAGAAGGUAAAGAUCAACAGGAAACAGGGGUUAACGGUGAACUCUUCCCAGUUCACGCUGGGAGGCAAACCUUUCCGAAUCCUGGGGGGCACUCUUCACUAUUUCCGUGUCCCUCAGGCCUACUGGAAAGAUCGCAUGAUGAAGAUGAAGGCUUGCGGCCUCAACACUCUAACCACAUACGUACCGUGGAACUUGCACGAGCCCGAACGUGGGAACUUCCUGUUCAGUGCAGGUCUGGAUUUGGAGACCUUUUUACUCCAGGCAGCUGACUUGGGUCUCUGGGUCAUCCUUCAUCCGGGUCCGUACAUCUCCUCAGAACUGGACCUCGGAGGAUUGCCGAGCUGGCUGAUAAGAGACAGGAAUAUGAAGCUGAGGACGACGUAUGCCGGCUUCACACAGGCUGUCGAUGCCUUUUUGGACAAACUCAUUCCCAAAAUGGUGCCAUUACAGUUCAGGAACGGCGGCCCCAUCAUCGCCGUGCAGGUGGAGCACGAAUACGGCUCAUAUGCAGUGGACAGGAAAUACAUGUCCUAUUUGAAAGAGGCCAUUGAGCAGAGGGGCAUCGGUGAGCUUCUCCUCGCAUCAGACAGCCACGAGGGCUUAGAAAGUGGAGGAGUGAGCAAAGUCCUCAGGACUCUGAAUCUGCGCAAACUAAAUCACGAAGACAUCAAGUAUCUGGAUUCCGUGCAGCCAAACAGCCCUGUUUUCAUUACGGAGUACUUGACCGGACACUUUGAUGGCUGGGGAGAUCUGCAUCACAUCUUUCCUGUAGAAGACAUGGUUGCGGUGGUUCGAGAGGUGCUGCGACGUGGCAUGUCCAUCAACCUCCACAUGUUCCACGGAGGAACAAACUUCGGCUUCAUGACCGGUGCUGUGGCCAAACCCUCUUACAAGGCUCUAAUCCCCAGCUAUGAUUAUGACGCGCCUUUGUCCGAGAACGGUGAAUAUACACCGAAGUACCACCUGCUGAGGGAACUUCUCGGUCGAUACAGCAGCCAUCCUCUGCCGGAGAUGCCGGCUCUGCGCUGGAAGGAGAGCUAUGAGACAGCCAUCAUGUAUCGACACCUCUCUUUAUGGGAUGCUCUGCCUUUCACAAAAGAGCCUUUUAAAUCCAGGAAUCCUGUUAAUAUGGAGAAUUUGCCUGUAAACAACAAAAACGGACAAGCGUACGGAUACACACUGUACGAGACCACCAUCACCACCGGGGGCUUCUUAAAAUCGGGAAACAACAUCCGAGACAGAGCACUGGUGUUUGUGAACAGAGGCUUCAUCGGCACUUUAGACUACAAGAAUACAGAGUUAGCAGUUUCUGAUGGGAAGAAGGCUCGGACCCUGAGUUUCCUGGUGGAGAACUGUGGACGUGUGCACUCUGGCCAGACCAUGGACCAUCAGCACAAAGGGAUUGUUGGAGAGAUUUUACUGAACAACGUGCCUCUUAAAGACUUCACAAUUUACAGCCUGGAUAUGACACAGAGCUUUAUCGACAAUUUAUACAGAGCUCCGUGGAAGUCUCUCCCUCAGAAGCCGAGCUUUCCGGCGUUUCUCCAGGGAAGGCUUUUCGUGGACGGAUUUCCGAGCGACGCCUUCGUCAAACUGCCUAGCUGGAGCAAAGGCGUGAUGUUCAUCAACAGUCAGAACGUGGGACGUUACUGGCACGUCGGCCCUCAGCAGGCGCUCUACAUCCCUGGGCCUUUCCUCAACAGCGGAAUCAACCAACUCACCGUGUUUGAGGAAGAGGAAUCGGAUUUUAAAGUCCAGUUUGAAACCUCUCCUGAUCUGGGAAUGACCAUGGACAUCCAGUGACGAUACAAAAUGAAAAAUAUCUUCAUCAUCGCCAUCACCACCACCAUCAUCAUCAUCACCAUCAACCACAAAGCACAAAGCACAAAGAUUACAAAUAUACCGACUGAUUGAAUACGUUUAUAAUAGAUGGAUUUAGUUAAACGGUGUAUUUUUAUUUUUGGUAAUACUGGAAUAUGAAAGUCUAAUGCACUGUUAUUUAUUCAUUUUCUAUACACAUUUAUAAACCGUUUAUUAAUAUUUUGAUAUCUGUGAUUUGAUAAUAAACUUCUGACUCCGG